AUGUCCUCCAAACUGGUCAAACAAUCGCUCAAACGCGCGAAGGAAGGAAGAGGCACGUUCUCGUCAUCAUCAUCGGAACAAAACAAAAUUCGCAAGCAUAAAUUGAAGAAACGGAAGAAAAGUCUCAAGGAAAAGAGGGAGAAAGUGAAAGCGGAGGAACAGAGGAAGUUGGAACUGAUGGGAGACACGGUCGACGAGAAAGCGCUGAUGGCGAGGAAGAGGAGACAUUUGGCGUAUUUUGCAAUCGGGUUGAACGAUAGUGGGAGGGUUGGAGAGUUGGAGAAGUUUUUAGGUAAAAAUGGAGGGAAGAAGAAAGGGAAAAGAGAAGACGACGACGAGGACGACGACGACGCGGGUGACGAUUGGGACGUGAAAGAUUUAUUCGCGAACGCUAAAAAGUCGUGA